UGAUCGCCGCCGAGAUCUACAAAGUGUGUCUCAACACGAUAAACGCAGUCUAGAGCACUUUAGGAGGAGCUACUGUCUCUACACCUCACUUGACAAGUGGAGCGGUCAUCAACAUCAACUCCAAUUCAUAGAGUAGAAACUCAACACCGCACCCGAGGAGAGUUGCCAAGUAAAGUCUCAUCAAAUCUGACUUUUUGGAGACUAUGGACAGGAGGAUGAACUUGGGUGGAGACAUUUUUCACAAAACUCUUAGCGCAGUCUCUAGCGCAAAGAUGGACUCGUUUCGGCCGACGCCGGGUAUUGAUCUUGGUUCCAGGGACAGCCAGUCGCCGGUCAACUGUUUUGAACAGCCAGACCUGGUUCAACCCGGAGGACUGACGGGAGGGAGAGCGGGGACGCUGGGUCUGCCGACCGGAUCUUUGUGUGUGAAAUACGGUGAGAGCGCAAACAGGACUUCGGCUGCGGAGAGUAGCGGAGGAGAACAGAGCCAGGACGAUGACAGUGACGGCCGGUGCGAGAUGAUGCUAAUGCCGGACGGGAGAAUUUCGAUGUCCGAGGCAAAGUCUGAGGGAGGUAAGAAAAACAAAGAGCAGAAAACUCUGAGACUAAACAUCAACGCCCGGGAGAGGAGGAGAAUGCACGAUCUGAACGAUGCGCUUGAUGAACUGCGGGGGGUCAUACCUUACGCGCACAGCCCUUCGGUACGGAAACUCUCCAAAAUUGCCACCUUGCUGUUAGCCAAAAAUUACAUCCUCAUGCAGGCACAGGCGCUGGAAGAGAUGAGGAGGCUGGUUGCGUAUCUAAACCAAGGCCAGGCAAUCUCUGCUGCCUCGUUGCCCGCGACCACAGCUCUCACACCGGGUUUAAGCGCAUACGAACAGCCGGCUGGUUACCCGUUCCCACCAGGAGUUGCAGCAGCCUCCUGUCCAGACAAAUGUGCCCUUUUCAACAAUGUCACCUCCAGCCUGUGUAAGCAAUGCACUGACAAGCCUUAAACUCUGCAGCGACUUUCGUAGAAGCACAUGCGAAACUUUUGACUUAAUUCAACGAAACCGUUGACUGUUGAGGAGAGACUGACUGUUUUGAAAUGAGCUCAAUAUAAAAAGAAUGCUAAAAACUUUUCUUACACUUGCAAACAAUUUCAUUCAAAGAAACACAUUUGUUCAAAACUGAUUGUGUAUAAACGGUAUAGUCUAUACUUUACGUAAUGGUUAGAGUGAGAUAAACCAAACAAAGUCUAUGUCAUGGGGGCAGAACGAACAGUUUCAUUAUCAGCAUUAAUGUGGACCCCUUAAAAUGACGUGUACUACUGACCUGACAACAUGCAACCAUGUUUUACCUUGUUUAUGACGCCCAAAUAUGUAAGGUUUUACUCGAAUCUGCUAUUCGUAUUCUUGCUGCUUUGAAUUUAUUUUAUGUACAUGUUUGACAUCUGUUUUUUAAAACCGCAUCCUGUUGUGAGGAAAAGAAUAUUGGACUUUACACAGAGACUUUAUUGGAAAGGAGCAUACAUGAUAUUACGAAAUCUUGGUUAAGAUUGUUAUUAUUUAAAAUUGUACUAUAAUAUAUUGUUAGUUUGGUGGAACCAUACAAGUUGUUUUGGUUUUUAAUUUCUCUAAAUAGAUGAUAUCAAGUGGGUCUGCAUGCUUGGUCUGGUUAUGCAUUGACAUCUUUGCUGUAAAUCUCGCAGAUUAUGGUUAUUUUAUUUUACAAACACACAAACAGUUUGGCUAGGAACGUGACGGUUUCAGCUUGUUGUCAGGUCAAAGCUAGAAGCAUUGUAGAUAUAUUAAUUUCACUUGUGACCAGAGAGGGCCAUUUGUAUGUGUUAAUGUA